AUGAAUGUGCAGAAGACCCAGAUGACACAUGAAUUUGCUGAAGCCAUCAAGGCCUAUGAUGAUUAUCAACAGUUGGCCGAAGAUCUCGCCGAAAAGUUGCAGAACGUUGUUCAGCAAAAUCCGCCACCUGUAAGUUGGAUAAACACCGUGAUUAAUAUAUGGGAUACAGGAUUCUUCUGUCAAAUCAUCCAGAACUGUGUUUUAGGGUGGAUUCGAAGCCCCACCGAACGAACAUCCCAUGGAGAAAGUUUCCAACUCCUUGAACUUGUUCGCGACCUAUCUUCCCGCAGAGAAACAGCCGUCCGUUCAAGCGACAGCAGAGGAAUGCAAAAAGUUGGCUCAAUUCCAUAGACAACAUCAAAUCAAGGUCAACGAAUGCAUCAAGAACUUGUUGGCAUUCAAGGAAACUGAAUACAAAGAGUUGAUGCAGGAGAGAAAGCAGUUGGAUAAGUGAGUUAGAGCUUUUUGAUUUUUAUACAAUAAUGAAUUAUCCUUGUCAGAGCUCGAGAAUACAUGGACACCAUCAAAGAUGAGGUGAAGCGAGCCAAGACAACCGAACAAGUCGAGAAAAAGGCCGCGAUCUACGAAGAAGCGGUCACCAGCUUUGAUCAGCAAGCCACCAAAGUCAUCAGCCUCCUGGAGAAACUCCCCGAAAUCAAGAAAACCCACCAGAAAGAACUAUGUGCCUUCUUCGAGGCCCAUCUCAAGUACAAUGAGGAAGUUGUCAAGGCCACCAUGAAGUAG